AUGCCUCUCUAUUUGGAUGAGGGUAAUGCAACAUUGUCCAACAGUAUUGUUCUGGAACCACUUAUUGCUAUCGAUGGUAACGAAACUGGUCUCUUGCUCUUGGUGAAAGAAGAAGGGAGUCAAAUAACAGAUGAUACCGACAUGUUUACUGGUGACAUGAACCAAAGGAUAGACCCAGAAACGGCUCAGUUCGCUGAUCCUAUACUCAGCAGUGCAGCGCAAGCAACGACCAGCUCUAGUACCCAAUUGCAACCAGCUGCUGAUGGUGGUGAACCGUCUACAGAUGAAACAGCCACAACUCUCACUGGCAAAAUGCCUGAGAAGGUCACCUCACCAACUCCCAAAUUUGCUGAAAAAUUCAUUCGACUGAUGUACCACAAUCCAAAUGGGGUUGUGAUCCCAGCAAUGGAGGACAAUCAGUUGACACUGAAACGAAGCAACCGCGUCGAUCGAGUGAAGAGAAAUGCCGUCGUUCAAGAUGUGUCUCCGGACGUGUGGCGUGCUGUACAUAAACCGUCAGAAGAGUAUCAAGCCAGAUAUGUGAACAGUGAUUUCAGGAACACUCUUUUUCCAAUUUCAGAAGGGCAAAGGCCGUCAGUAGAUGAAGAGGAUAAUGGAGCUGCAUCAUCAAAUUAUAGAAGGGUUCCAAAUUCUCUGGUUCACAGAUUGGGACCUCAAGGAGCAGAUAAUGCGAUCCAUUACACAACAAUGACGAAAGGAGUCGGAGGUAUGGCCAAUCCAGAACAAGAAGCUAACCAAACGCCUCCUGGACAAGAUCACCACUACCAGCAUGAUUCAAUGGACAGCUCUCGUGGAGACCAGACAUACUUGGAGGAGCAUUUGCCUGCAGAGCAUAAGAUUCCAGCUGAAGAAGUCAAGGAUGGAAAACACACUCUGGAAGACCAGGACCAUCCUCUUAGAGGCACCGAAGGAGCUGCUUCGAGCCGAUUCGUUCUUCAGAUUCCAAAUACCAACAAAGAACACCUCCAUUACCAUGAAGACCGAAGUGGAGGACCAGUAACUCUGGAGGUGUUGAACGGUGCUCCUAGUAAUGAGGACAUCGGUAACACGACCAGAUUUCACUGGGCAAGUCGACAGUUUGUGUCAAUGUACGAUGAUGAUGACCCUGAGAAUGGUGAUAGGAAGAGUAGUAGCCUUCCAGUAAAAACUGAGGAUCUACCAUCCAGGAGAGUAGCAAGACGAAUUUGGGCGCCGUCGCUGAGGUCUUCACAAAAGGCUGGCAUUCGUAGAAAUGACGAAGCGGCGGGGCGAGGGGAGGAGUCGAGUGGCCUCGAACAGGGAACCGCGGACACGCUCCACAACGAAGUAGAGGAAGACAAGUUCAAGACUGCAGCAGACGGAUCUAGCGUCCAGAGGAGCGUGAUGGAGGCGCUGCUGGAACGGCUGGAGCGGUGCCUGCGCUCCGAGGCCAUGUCCGUGCUGGACAACCUGGAGCGUGCGGACGUGGCCACCAUCUGGCCAGGCGUGCAGCUGGUCAGGGUGGAAGGCCGGUCCACUCAGCGGACAAAUGGGAAGGGACACAGCAGCAACAGCACGCUAGAUAAAGACGAAGACGACAGGUGGGCGGCAAUUGCAGUGGACAAGUUGGCAGCCCUGCUGAGGUCGCACGCCAUCAGGCUGCGUCUGUCAUCGACUGCAGACGACCAGCGCGAAGAAGGUCGCCGCAUACGCUACCGGCACCAGUACAAGCACAUGUUCCCGCUGGUGGUGAUGGGAUACAUGGUGAUGUCGUCAUUCCUGGUGCCGCUGGGCUUCCAACUGAUGGCCGUGCUGUCAGGCAAGGCGCUCCUCCUCAGCAAGAUGGCGCUCGCCGUGGCUGGAAUGGCGGGCUUCAAGAGGCUGUUUCUGGGUGGGUUGGGUCCGGAGUACCCGGUAGCGCCACCAGUACUGCACCACGAGACGUACCCGAUCUACCACGAGCACCAUGCCGCCUUUGCCAAGUAGUUGCUACCCAGGGCACGUGACUUGUGUCUCAAUGACUUUACUAUAUGAGACAAGGAGACCAAUAGGUCGAAGAGACUGGAUUGCAAGUUAUCUCACCGAGGUGAUGCUGAGAACGUAGUACUGGAGGUAUACAAGC